ACUCUAAUGAGACACUUGAUGCAAGUUAAUACAUUUCUUGAGCGGCGCUUUCACAGGAGCGCACCAAAAAACGCACCGCCGGCUCUGAACUCACUCAUCCAGGCUACCUAUCGCGCUACCACCGGCACAACAGAAAGACAUUUUAUAUUCUCAGCAAGCUUUUAAUUCCUCCACACCCGCCUGUGACUGAGAAAUGAAUCAUAAAACCCUUUUACUGUGGAUUUUCCUACAGUGUGCCGCUGCGCUCUUCUCGCCUGCUCUUGGAGACAACGCUGUUCUUGAAGGUGCAGACAGUGGAUUGGAUGAAUUGUCAACAGACAGCAAGUCUCUUGCUGGCACGGUUAAGUACAGCAUGAGAAAGAGUUUAGAUCUGGACCACGAGGGCUGCAAUCUGAAGACUGGCGAGAAGGAGUGUCUAGAGGAGUGUGGCUUCAACGCCACAGCCAAGACCAUCUUCAUCAUCCACGGCUGGACGAUGAGCGGGAUGUUCGAAAGCUGGAUGCACAAGCUAGUCUCUGCAGUCAUGCAGCGUGAAAACGAGGCCAAUGUGGUGAUCGUUGACUGGUUAUCGAUGGCUCAACAGCUCUACCCUGAUGCAGUCAACUACACUCACACCGUCGGCCUUGAUAUUGCCACCAUGCUCAACUGGCUUCAGGACGAGCGGCAGCUGCCUCUGGAGAAUGUGCACCUGAUUGGCUACAGUUUAGGCGCUCAUGUAGCAGGCUACGCAGGGACAUUUGUUGAAGGGACCAUCGGCAGAAUUACAGGUCUAGACCCAGCAGGGCCAAUGUUUGAGGGAGUAGAGGAACAGAGGCGCCUCUCUCCAGAUGAUGCUGACUUUGUGGACGUGCUGCAUACUUACACACGAGAGGCUUUGGGUGUGAGCAUUGGGAUCCAACAGCCAAUUGGGGACAUUGAUAUCUACCCCAAUGGUGGCGAAGUGCAGCCCGGCUGUGCAUUGGGUGACGUGCUGGCAGUGGCUGGAAAUUUCAUGGAGGUGAUGAAGUGUGAGCAUGAGCGAGCCGUGCACUUGUUUGUGGACUCUCUGAUGAACAAGGACCACAUGAGCUUUGCUUUCCAGUGCACUGGCCCAGAUCGCUUUAAGAAGGGCAUCUGCCUCAGCUGCCGCAAAAACCGCUGCAACAACAUCGGCUACAACGCAAGGAAAAUGCGCAAGAGGCGCAACAGCAAAAUGUACCUGAAGACACGUGCAGACACUCCCUUUGGAGGCUACCACUACCAGAUGAAGAUGCACGUGUUCAACAGAAAACAGGCAGACAAUGCAGAUCCCACCUUCUAUGUCAAGUUGUACGGCGCCCAUAACGAUACAACAAACAUAUUUGUUGAUGUCCAUGAUGACACUGUCGGUCUGAACUUGACCAACACCUUCUUGGUGUUUACUGAGUCGGAAAUCGGUGACCUGCUGAAGAUCCGUCUGAUCUGGGAAGGAGACACUGAAUCCUGGAACUCCGUCUGGAAGAACAUUAAGAAGACGUUCUGGGCCUGGAACACAAAACCUCCCAAACCUGUGCUGGAAGUCCGUCGGAUUCGUGUGAAAUCUGGAGAAACACAGAAAAAGUUUACCUUCUGUGCCCAAGACCCUUCAAAAACUGAAAUUUCUCCAGGGGAAUCGAUAUCUUUUGUGAAAUGUCGUGAUGGCUGGGAAGUGAAACCAAGAAAACGGCUGCCCAUGUAACAACUCAGCACUUCCAACAACCAAUGCACCGUCACCAUGGGGACCCAACAUGGCUAAGUGAGGAGCACUGCCUUCUCUUUAUUUGAGCACUUUUCGUAGGAGGAUGAUUGAUCAGCGCACGGUGAGAGGGUCUUGAUGUCUCAGACUCUGAGCUGCACCUAGAUGGUUUCCAUUGGUUUCUGGAAACAAGGACUCUGAGGUCUGUCCGGCGUUGGAAGGAAAACGGGGUGCAGGAUGGAAGUUGGAGCAGUCUUAACCGUUAAGAUUGCCGAAGGAGUUACAGAACUUUCCUUUUGUGUGAAGUAGAAUAUCAAUCUGUGUCAAUGGACAUACACCAGCAAUUGUAGUCGCUGUACUGUACAUUUUUAAAUAUUUUUUUUUUAUUU